CCUGAGUCAGAGUAGGACUUGGAAAGUAAGGGGGCGUGUCCGCGCAAGCGCACUGAUACUGAAAUGAUGGCGGCCGCGGAGCGGGCGUGGGGAGCAGUAGCUGAUGUAGCCCGGCUGUGCAGGCGGGUCUGCCAUGUGGUGACUCCAUACACCUUUAAGAAACAACCUCUGCACCAGUAUGUGCGAAGACCACUUUUCCCGAUGCGUGCAGCCUUGUCUAACACAGUACGAUUCAUGUUUAUUCAAACACAAGACACUCCAAAUCCCAACAGCUUAAAGUUUAUACCAGGAAAGCCAGUCCUUGAGACGAGGACCAUGGACUUCCCCACAGCAGCUGCAGCCUUCCGCUCCCCUCUGGCCAGGCAGUUAUUCAGGAUUGAAGGAGUGAAAAGUGUCUUCUUUGGACCAGAUUUCAUCACAGUCACAAAGGAGAAUGAAGAAUUAGACUGGAAUUUACUGAAACCAGAUAUUUAUGCAACAAUUAUGGACUUCUUUGCAUCUGGCUUACCCCUAGUGACUGAGGAAACACCUCCAGGAGAAGCAGGUUCUGAAGAAGAUGAUGAAGUCGUGGCAAUGAUUAAAGAACUGUUGGAUACUAGAAUACGGCCUACUGUGCAGGAGGAUGGGGGUGACGUGAUCUACAGAGGCUUUGAAGAUGGCAUCGUGCGGCUGAAGCUCCAGGGCUCCUGUACCAGCUGUCCCAGCUCCAUCAUCACCCUGAAAAGCGGGAUUCAGAACAUGUUGCAGUUUUACAUUCCAGAAGUGGAAGGUGUAGAGCAGGUGAUGGAUGAUGAAUCAGAUGAAAAAGAAGCAAAUUCACCUUAAAUAUCUGCAUUUUCUUUGCCUGCAACCUUUGGACUUAACUGUACGGAGCCUGUAUUAAUUUCUGCUAUGGAAGUUGAUUAAUAAAAUGUCUCCUUCCUCCAGAAGAUAUAAAUAUCA